AUGAGGGGAAUGGAACCUCAACCCAGCACAUUAUUGUGAUGGAGUCUGCAGAUACAGAGGCUGCAGGUCCUGGGGUGAAGCCUGAAGGAAAGGAGGACCUACAGCAUAGCAUAAACAUCCAGACUGGAACGGCUGGAGCGCCCCCUAUAGCAACGGAGGACUCCACCACCGCACCAGCGCAGCCCAGAGCCGGCUCAGAGUAUUUACCGGUAUUUCACCAGAUCCAGAGGACGGUUCAUUCCCGUGGAGAUGGUGACGCACCAGUCACUGGCGUUGAUGAUCCAUCAUGUUCUUACAGUACAGAGAUGGACCCUGGCAACAUGCCCUUGGGUUUAGAGACACAGACUGAUCUGUCUAAAGGGGAAUGGAACCGGUACAGUAGUAGUAUAUACUCUGAAGGGUGCCUAGAUAAGAAAGGGGAGUGUCUGGUUGUAGAUGAGGUAAUUGUGAAAGUGGAGGGCGACGCUUCUCCCACAUGGAAUCCAGAUAGUCACCUAGGUGACGGACACUCACAGGGCAGAGAUUUCUUAGAUUACAGGGAAAGCUUAGAGACAAAUCCAAAUGUUUCGACCCACUCCCCUGUACACAUUCUCAGGGAUUGCGACCCAGUGUCCACGUCGAUGGGGCCUUCUGAUUCACACGCCCACGUCCUUUUCAAUCAGGUAUUGAACGCAAACGACAUGGCUAGAGCCCAGGCUCAGGGAGGGGGAGCCACAUCAGGCAAUAGUAAAGAGAAACGGUUUCUCUGCAUGUUCUGCAACAAAGGCUUCAGCUGCCCCCAGAAGGUGGAGAUCCACCAGAGGGUCCACACAGGGGAGAAACCUUUCAGCUGUACCCAAUGUCACAUGCGCUUCGCUGAGGCUGGCAGCCUGAAGAGGCACCAGAGGGUGCACACAGGGGAGAAACCCUACAGCUGCCCCCAGUGUGAGAAGAGGUUCUCCCACCAGCACCAUUUGAAGAGGCACUUGAAGGUCCACACGGAAUAGAAGCCGUUCGCCUGUAAGCACUGUCGGAAGAGGUUCUCAUAGAGGAGCUUCCUCAGGAUUCCACUCUAUAACAUAGAAAGUUACCAUUCCAUUCAAUGGCUUCUGAUGUUUAGAUCAAAUCUUGCCCUAAAGAUAGACUGAGCGAGAUGACGUAGAUCAAUUUCCACAACAUCAAAGAGCGUUGAAGGCCAAGACAUUUUGGGAUAUAUGCGCCUAAAAYGUCUUAACAUAAUUUAGCCCAGUACAGACACUAUGUUCACAAAUGCCUYUUUCAUUACUUCCAUUCAACUACUUUUUCURCUUCAAUAAUCACUUUUAUUAUUUAUUUUAUUUAUUUUUUACCACUUUUUCUCCCCAAUUUCGUGGUAUCCAAUUACAGUCUUGUCCCUUUGUUGCAACUCCCAUACGGACAUGGGAGAGUCMAAGGUCGAAAGCCCAGCCGAGCRGCUUCUUGACACAAUGCCGCUUAACCCGGAAGCCAGCCACACCAAUGUGUCGGAGGAAACACUGUACACCUGGC